AUGACAACCAAGAUCCCGUGGGUAUCCGAAAAGGCCAAGUUCGUCCGCGAAACGAGCAAGUUCCGCAACUGGAUCGAGCCCGACGCCGACGCCGAAUUCCCCGCGGAGGCGAACCGAUACCAUCUUUACAUUUCGCUAGCUUGUCCGUGGGCCAACCGCACACUGAUUACACUCUACAUGAAAGGCCUGCAGGACAUUAUCGGACUGUCGGUGGUGCACCCCGUGUUCCAACGCACACGCCCCGACGACCCGGAGGAUGACCACGUGGGCUGGGCCUUCGUAGACCCCAAGGAAACGCUGUGGCUACCCGGUCCAUCGGGGCUUGGCCAGUAUUCGUCCGAAGGAUCCACCCCCGAUACCGUGAAUAAUGCCAAAUUCGUACGUGACCUGUACGAGAAGUGCUCCACGAUCAGCACGCGCUACACAGUACCUGUGCUGUGGGACAAAGUGAAGAACACUAUCGUCUCGAAUGAGUCCGCUGAUAUCAUCCGCAUGUUCAACUCGUCAUUUGACGUCAUCGUUCCGUCCAAGGUCGAUUUGUAUCCAGCCAAGUUCCACGACGACAUUAACACCAUCAACGAGUGGAUCUACAACGAUAUUAACAACGGCGUCUACAAGUGCGGACUUUCAACCACUCAAGAUGAGUACGAUCAGGCCGUGAACAAGUUGUUUCAAAGCCUAGACCGCGUGGAGGAGAUCUUGUCUAAACAGCGGUUCCUCAUGGGGGACGUGUUCACUGAGGCGGAUGUGCGUCUGUACACGACCCUCAUUCGGUUCGACGAAGUCUACCACGUGCAUUUCAAGACGAACAAGAAGAUGAUCAAGGAGUACCCAAACCUGCUGAACUACACGCGCGAUAUUUUCCAGUUUCCUCCUGUGGUCGAAUCGGUCGACUGGAAAACACUUUCCCGCCACAUUCGAGACCAUUACUACGGUUCCCACAUACCUAUCAACACGUUCGGAAUUGUUCCGGUUGGACCGAACACCGACUACACCGUGAAGCACGACCGUGAUCGCUUCACCAGCGCUACGCAGUCAGAUUUUCCAUAAAAAGAUAUUCUGCGAAUCGAAAUGAAAGCAGUAUCAAUUUCACCCGCAUGAACUAAGCCUACAAACACGAACUAGUUCACGUUACCUCCUUUUGCUACGGAGGCUCAUUUAUAAUCGACAAGAGUCAAAUACUGACAGA